ACACGUUCACACUAAAGGGAAGACGACGCCGAUUUCGGCAAUUAAACAUAGAAAAACAUUAAAAUUAACCAUACAUUUAAGCAAAAAGUUUGAUUAGAUAGUUAGAGCGUGAGCGGCAAAGGCACGGUGACUUUCAAACGAGUAAACUCCCACAAAAUGCAGCAAUCCGUACAGGCGACAAAUGCGGCUCCUGGCGGGGAUGCAUUGCUCCCACUGCGUGCCUGUAGCACAGCCGGCUGCAAAGUGGCCACCGUUGUGGACAAGACCAAGCGGAAGUGUUCCCAGUUCGUCUCAGCGCCUUACAUAAUGCCCAAGCCACUGGUCGUCAACGGACACACAUCAGUUUUUCAAGUGGGCGGCGAGAUGGCCAAAAUGGGGGACAUUCCAGCUCUUUCCAAUAUCAGUGGAGGCGAUGGUGGUCAGCCAAUUUAUCGGAUAAAGCCGGGAACCCAUGCUCAUGUCAUUAAUUACGUGCUCAUUGACGAAGGAUCCGACUCGCUGGAGAAGGCUAGGUCCGGGGACCAGGAGGCGAUGCGGCUGCUGUUGGAAUCGCAGCGCGACAGUGCUGUUACCAAGCUGCAAAAGCUCAUUGCCAAUCACCGGGGCACCCAACCCUCGUCCCCCGCCACUCAUUCCUCGCCAGCGCCAGUUCGUACUGUGCCCUCGGUCUCAACUCCUGGGGGCAGUUCUGUAGCCAGUGGCCAUGUUACCACUCCCCAGAUUCAUCCAGACUUCUCCAUUGCCAGCGUGGAGGGAGCAGUUCCAUUUACCCGUGCAGCUCCAGCCUCCUUGACAAACACAUCCGCUCCAGCUUCUUCGAUCGCUCCAUCAGCUGCAUUACCAGUCGACUCCGUGGAUCGCCUUCAGGCGGAGCUUAUCGAGCUGCGACGCACAGUGGCCCGGUUGGAGGAGAGUCGCCGCUAGUUGACAAUCUUCCCUUUUCCGGAAAGAUACCUAAGUUCAACCAAAUACGCUUAAGACAAAAAUUUUAGCGCCCUAGAUAUUAUAUUGUAAGUUUCUGAGACAUUGUUAAUUCAAAUAAAUAAUAUAUCUCGCAAA